GUAGUAGUAUUUUUGUAUUAAAUUAGGGUAUACCUUUAGGUACCUGACUUCUAUAGGUAUUGUACCUUACCUAUAACCUUACCUACCUAUAUACCGAUUUAAUAUAUGUAUGUUGUGAUUUUUCAUAAUUACUCCAAUAGAAUUCAAAGAUUAGAGGAACCUCUCGAACCUCUUUUGUAAGAUGGCCUCACCAUUCCUCGUUUCCUUUCUCGGUGCUGUGCAGGCUUCGCUGUCAGUAUUAUUGACAAUUGGUUGCGGUGUUAUCGCUGCUCAGUUUGGCCUAGUCACGACGGAGGCCGCUGAAGAGAUAUCACACCUCUGUGUCAAUGUGCUGCUACCUUGCUUGUUGAUCACUAAAUUGGGAUCCGAGUUGCAUCUGGACACAGCAGUUAACUAUGUUCCUAUUAUCAGUACGUAUGACAUAUGUCCAUCACAUAAAAAUCUCCAGAUGACCCUCUAACCCCUUAUUAAUCUGGGCCAUUCUUUUUACCCUUACAUCCAUUGCCAUUGGAAAAGCAGCAGUAUCCUUCUUUCGCUUACCAAAAUGGGCACUGCCUGCUAUUGCCUUCAAUAAUACCGAAUCUCUUCCUUUGCUGUUGCUUCAGUCGCUAGAGACAAGUACUUCCUUGCCUGCUCGGUUG